AUGAGACCCAUCCUCGAUCUGUCAGUUUUCAACAAGGUCAUAAUGAAAAGGCCUUUUCACAUGCUGACGAUCAGACAGGUGCUGGAGUGUGUUCACCAGGGGGACUGGUUCACAUCGAUAGACCUGAAGGAUGCUUACUUCCACGUAGCCAUCAUUCCAAAACACAGGAAAUACCUGCGUUUCUCAUUCCAGGGAAUACCGUACCAGUACAACCAUCUGCCGUUCGGUUAUUCCCUGGCUCCUCGCACUUUUUCGAAGUGUGUAGAGAUGGCGCUGCAGCCGCUUCACAGAGGAGGGAUGAGAGUGCUGUUUUACCUGGACGACUUGCUAUUGCUAGCUCGAUCCAGAGAGGAAGUUGCUUUACAGACGGUACAGCUCGUAUCACAUCUGUCAAAGCUGGGUUUCAUCAUAAACUGGAAGAAGAGCUGCCCUCUUCCCUCCCAGAGUAUUAUUUACCUGGGUGUGGAAUUGAACUCAGCACGCAUGAGAGCGCGACUCUCACAGCAGAGAGUGGAGGCACUGACAGCUCUUCUCCGACGCGUCACACCUCGCAGCGUGGUGACAGCCCUCUCCGUGAUGCAGCUGCUUGGCAUGAUGGCAGCUGGUCACGUGCAUGUGUUGAUUCGCACAGACAACAAAGCCGCGGCAGCCUACAUCAAUCGCCAGGGCGGAGUACGCUCAGCGCAGCUUUUGAACACAGCCAGGCCGCUGUUGAUCUGGGCGCGCGCACACUUGCUCUCCAUCAGAGCAAUGUAUGUUCCCGGCGAACUGAACAAAGGGGCAGACCUCAUGUCCAGAGGAGGUCCUCGCCAGGGGGACUGGAGCCUCCAUCCCGAGCUGGUCUCCCAGGUAUGGAGCCGGUUCGGGAGAGCAGAGGUGGAUCUGUUCGCCGCACGCGGGAACGCGCAAUGCGCCCUCUGGUUCUCCCUGAAAGCGCAGGACCACCCCCCCCCUGGGGGUGGACGCGUUCGCACAUCGACCAUGGCCCAGGGGACUGUUGUACGCUUUCCCACCAGUCCCGCUGAUCCCUCGGUUCCUGGACCGAGUGCAGGAGGAGCGACUGUCAGUGAUCCUAAUUGCCCCGGAGCUCACGGGCGCUUCCUGGUUUCCAUGCCUACAGCGUACGCUGUCAGGCAGACCGUGGGAAAUUCCGUGGCGCGGGGACGCUCUCUCGCAGGUGGAGGGAGCGAUCAACAGUCACCCUGUGAUAGGCCAGCACUUAUGGGCAUGGCCCCUGAACGGGAACACUUAGAGGGGCUGGGCCUCUCUCAAGAUGUUGUACGGACCAUUCAGGGAGCCAGGGCCGCGUCUACCAGAGCGUCCUACACAGCUUUCCAGCGUUGGUGUGUAGAGAAAAGCCUGGACCCCAUUACGUGCCCCCUGCCUCACGUGCUGUCAUUCCUCCAGCUGUUGUUGGACAGGAAUUUGGCUUUCAACACAAUCAAGGUGUAUGCUGCUGCCAUAUCAUCUUGUCAUGUGGGUUUCGGGGUCGGGACGGUGUUUAGUCACCCCCUGAUGAAACGUUUUCUGCGAGGAGUACGGAGACUCAGACCUGUGUCACGCGCACUAGCGCCUCAGUGGGAUUUGGCUUUGGUGUUACGCGCACUAAGCAAAGCCCCAUUUGAACCUUUAGAUCAGGUUCCCCUUAAGAUGUUAUCAGCCAAAGUAGUACUACUUUUGGCUCUAACAUCAGCAAAGAGGGUGAGUGAUUUGUCUGCUCUCUCUGUGGCUCCGUCAUGCCUCCGGAUCCAAGGAGAUGGCAGUUCAGCUGUUUUACGCCCUAACCCAGCUUUUAUGCCAAAGGUCAUCACAAGCUCUUUUAGGUCAAGAGUGAUCACCCUGAGCUUCUUUCCCCCUCCUCACAGGUCGGAGGAAGAAGCCACGUCUCAUCUCCUCUGUCCUGUGCGCGCGCUGUCCUGCUAUGUAGCACGCACGGCUGCCUUGCGCCGUUCUCAGCGCCUGUUUGUGCACUACAGAGAGCGCUCGAUCGGGCAGCCUCUGUCUGCACAGCGGCUGUCACACUGGCUGUGUGAGGCUGUGUCACAGGCAUAUGUCUCCUCUGGGAUGGAUCCCCCGGAGAACAUUAAUGCGCACUCCACCAGAGGAAUUUCCUCCUCCACGGCUUUGCACGGAGGAAUGUCAGUGGAAGACAUUUGCAUUGCUGCAUCUUGGUCUUCUCCCUGUUCAUUUAUUCAAUUUUAUUUGAGGGAUAAUGAGUGA